CAAGUCCUGAAUUUGUUGUUUUUCUUUAACUGCCUGGGUCAGGGAAAUUCGUUCGUUUGGGGUCACGUUCUUGCAGUAGACUAUCCUGGCUGGUUUGCUCAGUUUGCUCGGGGCGUGUUAGAGGUCGUGGACUUGGUGCCUGGGUCUCGCGCAGCACCAGUGGCUCUCUGGCGACACUGGGCGUUUCCUCCUUUUCCGGCCUUGGAAAGUUUUGUUUUGGUCCUUAGUACCCUGUCAAGGAAAGGCACCCUGUUGACCAAAGGCUUUUGAGUCUCGUCCAGAUGGCUAGAGGCCAAGUUUCCCCCAUCGCAGCUUGCCCAGACUUGGGUCCCAUCGGAAUCCUAGAAGGCGGGGGAAGCGAGUCUCGUGAGGAAGAGAGAGGACAGCCAGGUUACCGGCUCCACUGCCGCUGGCCGGCCCUUCUCCUAGGCCGAUCCCGGGGCCAGUACCCAUCGCACCGCAAAGGGUGCGGACAGCCUCCCGGGUGACUCCUCAAGGACCCAGUUCUCCACCAUUCCCAAGAGAAUACUCAACCUAGCCGCGCCCGCGCUGGAAGCGCGCAAGGCGACUGAAACCCGGGAACGGAGCCCGGGGCGCAUGCGCGCACCAGGCGGCGUCUUCUAAGUGCUCGUCCCGCCGCUGCAGCCGCUAGGUGGCGCAUGCGCCCUGAAGGGUGCGGGCUGGUCUCCGGGAAGAAGGCGGCGGCGGCGAAAGGCGGGGGCGCCGUGGGGGCCGGGCCGGUGUUUACACAGCGGCGGGCGGGCACGGACGCAGAACCCGGCGCGGCGGUGGCGACAGCGGCACGAUGGUCAUGGCGCAUUUCGUCGAGAAUUUUUGGGGGGAAAAAAAUAGUGGCUUUGAUGUCCUUUACCAUAAUAUGAAACAUGGACAGAUAUCGACGAAAGAACUAGCAGAUUUUGUAAGAGAAAGAGCUACAAUAGAAGAGGCGUACUCCAGGUCAAUGACAAAACUAGCAAAAUCUGCAAGCAAUUAUUCACAACUUGGAACAUUUGCACCGGUGUGGGAUGUGUUCAAAACAUCUACGGAGAAAUUAGCUAACUGUCACUUGGAGCUUGUUAGAAAAUUACAAGAAUUAAUAAAGGAAGUUCAGAAGUAUGGAGAAGAACAAGUAAAAUCUCAUAAAAAGACUAAAGAAGAAGUUGCAGGAACUCUGGAAGCUGUUCAAACCAUUCAGAGCAUAACUCAGGCCCUCCAGAAAUCCAAGGAAAACUACAAUGCCAAGUGUGUAGAACAGGAACGUUUGAAAAAGGAAGGAGCUACACAAAGAGAAAUAGAAAAGGCAGCUGUUAAAUCUAAGAAAGCUACAGAUACCUAUAAACUCUAUGUGGAAAAAUAUGCAAUAGCAAAAGCUGAUUUUGAACAGAAAAUGACAGAAACAGCUCAGAAAUUUCAAGACAUUGAAGAAACUCAUCUCAUUCACAUAAAGGAAAUUAUAGGGUCCUUGUCAAAUGCUAUAAAGGAAAUUCAUUUGCAAAUAGGCCAGGUUCACGAAGAAUUUAUAAAUAACAUGGCUAACACUACAGUUGAAAGCUUGAUAGAAAAAUUUGCUGAGUCAAAAGGCACUGGGAAGGAAAGACCGGGCCUCAUUGAAUUUGAAGAAUGUGACCCUGCUAGUGCAGUUGAAGGUAUAAAACCAAGGAAAAGAAAGACUUUUGGUUUGCCAGGAAUAAUUAAAAAGGAAAAGGAUGCAGAAUCUGUGGAAUGCCCUGAUGCAGAUUCACUUAACAUUCCUGAUGUAGAUGAAGAAGGCUAUAGUAUAAAACCAGAAGCAAAUCAGAAUGAUGCCAAAGAGAACCAUUUCUACUCAUCUAGUGAUUCUGAUUCUGAAGAUGAAGAACCAAAGAAGUAUCGGAUAGAAAUCAAACCUAUGCAUCCAAAUAACUCACAUCACACAAUGGCUUCCUUGGAUGAAUUAAAAGUCUCUAUAGGAAAUAUAACACUGUCCCCAGCAAUAUCUAGACACAGCCCAGUGCAGCUGAAUCAGAAUUCAUCUAGUGAAGAGUUAAAGUCAAAGCCAUCUGCUGCAUCCACCGAGAAAGGGACCAGUGAUUUACUUGCUUGGGACCCCCUGUUUGGACCAUCUCUUGAUUCAUCUUCAGCUUCACUAGCUUCAUCAUCAUCAUCAUCAGAGGUUCAUCUCUCCAGUGGAGCUCAGACAGCAUUCCAGCGAUCGUAUUGGAAAGCUGAAAAUACCUUCAGCUGUCCUGAUGCUUUGGAUGGGAGCUCUUCAACAGCUGAAUCUAAUAAUCAAGCCAGGCCCACAACUCCUCUUUCUGUAGGCACCAUUGUCCCACCUCCAAGGCCUGCUUCCAGACCAAAGCUUACUUCAGGCAAACUCAGUGGGAUAAAUGAAAUACCCAGGCCAUUCAGCCCACCUGUAACAGCCAAUACCAGCCCACCUCCUGCCGCUCCUUUAGCCCGGGCAGAAAGUUCUUCCUCUAUCUCAUCUUCUGCUUCAUUAAGUGCUGCCAAUACUCCAACAGUAGGUGUGUCACGAGGUCCCAGCCCUGUCAGCCUUGGAAAUCAGGACACCUUACCUGUGGCAAUUGCCCUUACGGAAUCUGUCAAUGCGUACUUUAAAGGAGCAGACCCCACCAAGUGCAUUGUGAAGAUCACUGGUGACAUGACAAUAUCAUUUCCAAGUGGAAUUAUUAGAGUUUUCACUAACAAUCCAUCUCCAGCUGUGCUAUGCUUCAGGGUGAAAAACAUUAGCAGAUUAGAGCAAAUUCUUCCAAAUGCACAACUUGUGUUCAGUGAUCCAUCACAGUGUGAUUCUAACACAAAAGAUUUUUGGAUGAACAUGCAAGCUGUUACUGUCUACCUCAAGAAACUAUCAGAGCAAAAUCCAGCUGCUUCUUAUUAUAAUGUAGAUGUAUUAAAGUAUCAGGUGUCAUCAAAUGGUAUUCAGUCCACUCCUCUAAAUCUUGCAACAUAUUGGAAAUGUAGUGCUGGCACCACAGAUCUUAGAGUGGAUUAUAAGUACAACCCAGAAGCUAUGGUGGCACCGAGUGUGCUUUCCAACAUACAGGUGGUGGUCCCAGUGGAUGGAGGAGUCACAAACAUGCAGUCCCUUCCCCCUGCAAUAUGGAAUGCAGAACAGAUGAAAGCCUUUUGGAAACUGUCUGGUGUUUCAGAAAAAUCAGAAAAUGGAGGUUCUGGGUCCCUUAGAGCAAAAUUUGAUCUUUCAGAUGGACCCAGUAAACCCACAACACUUGCAGUGCAAUUCUUCAGCGAGGGCAGUACCCUCUCAGGAGUGGACAUUGAACUUGUAGGCACUGGUUAUAGGCUUUCCUUAGUAAAGAAGCGGUUUGCCACUGGACGAUACCUGGCGGAUUGUUGAUGGACCUAGGAAAGUGGUUGGCUCAAGGGAGUAGUACAAACCUGCCAUUCUGCAUUAUUUGUUCUUUACAAACACUAUUCUAACUUGUCUUAUGCCUGUGAAACAGACAUAUUUGAGAGCUGACUACAAAUAUUAAAUUGCACCUUUGAAGUGAGUCAUUGAAAGAAAUAGCACUGAAAUGAUUUUCAACGCUGUAAAUGAUCAACUGCAAUAUUCAAGAAGCACAUUGAGUUUCAGUAAAACAGUUUUCAUAGGCUGAAAUUUUAAAUUCAGUGUCUAUAUUGAAAAAAGGGGUUAGAGUGGAAUAUCAGGCCUAAAAUUUCAGGAGAGCAAGCACAAAAUAAUUUAGCUUUCCAUAAAUUUUUAGAGUCAGAGAUAGUUUUGAAAUUUCAUGUUUGCUAUUGAAUGGAUAUAAACAUAACGUGAAAUCUAAGCUUUGGAUAAUGUUAAUUUAGAACACUCAAUCAAAUUGAGUUAUGUGCCAUAAAGUAAUCAGACCAGAGUUCGAGUUGUAUGCAAAAAAUUUAUCAUUUGAUUCUUAUAAACAUAUAACUGUAAAUGGUGUUUUAUAUGAUUUUUUAAUCCUCAAGUGCAAUGUGUUUUAAAAUAAGCUUGCAAAAGACAGCAGAGAAAUUUACUUCUGCAGUUAGUAACUUUAUAGAAGUUGUGAUUGUUUUGAUGAAUUAAUGCUGUAGAGUUAAUUUAUUUUUAUAUGGAUUGCAUAAUGUGUGCCUUUUAAAACAAUAACAAAAACCAGAAAUGUGCCUAUCCAGUUUGUGUUCAUUAAUGUGCCUCACUGUUUUCUCACAGUCUGGAUGUCCUAUUCAGAAUCUUAUGGUGGUCAAGCAUUUUUACAAGAUAAUUGCAAUUUUUAUAAAUAACUUUGGCUGGAAUUGAGAAGGGAAUUCAGAAUAACUAAAGGAUAAUUAUCCUUAAGAACCGCGGCACACUUCUUUAGUGAAACACGGUAGCCACUAGAAAGAGAAAUAUAUCUAAUAGCUUAUGUUUACAGGGAAAAACAUUACUUUUAAAUAUUCGACCUUAACCUAUCAAAAAGUAUGUAAAUCUUAAAACAAAUUCUGAAAAACUAUAAUGGUAAAUUGGAAACUGGUAAAUUAGAAACUUUAACUCUCAAUUUAGCAUUUCCCUCCACUCUGUUUAUCAGUGGAAAGUAUACAUAUUUUUACUGAAUGUGUUGUGACCAUGAAUUUUGUAGUAUUUUGUGAGGAACACAUUUUAGAAAAGAUUAUUUUUGGCAUUAGAGAAGUCUGCCAUUUGUUUUCAUUUCAACAAUUGGAAAAAUUACCAAUUUGUAUGUUUUUAUUAUUUAAUUGCCACCUGCUAAAAAUAGGGCAGUUAUUUAAAGUGAUGGAUUGGGUUAAGCAUUUCUUAAACUACUAAUAUUAAAUAGUAAAAAUCUUUAACUUUAUAGCAAAUCUGAUUAAUUGAAGGCAUUAAAUAUUUUGGACAAAGUUUCAUAAUUUACAAAUGGGAAUUUUAUUUAUAAGGAUAAAUACCAGUGUCUUGCAUUUUGCAUAGAAGUGAUAAAUUGUGUUAUAUAUAUGAUAAUUUAUAUAAAACCACUAAUUGUUCUGUUAAGCUUUACAAAAAAUAAAACCCCUAUUUCUAGACAUUUAUGUAACGUCUUGCUCUACUAAAUACAGCAGAAAAUCUACUCAUUAGCAAUAUAUAUAACACAAUAUGUAAUUUUUUAUAUAUUCAGUGUUAGCCCAAUUCUAAAUUUAGAUUUGACUAAAGUAAUACAUAAGACAAUAUGCUAAAAUGUUCAUCUUUACUAAAUAGCAAGCAAAAUUAGAAAUUCUAACUCUUACUAUAUUGUGCUUUUUAAAAUGCCAAUUACAGUCCCUUACUGGAAUCCUAACUAUAACUGCAUUGCAGUCAAACAGGUUUUAUUGAGCAGUUAAUAUUUUAUUAUUGGAAUUCAGACACCAUUAUACUCACCAUGUUGGUUUUUAAUUAUUACCUAAAAAUGUACAAAUUAGUGAAAAGGUUAAACUUCUGCACUUUCUUAAUUACCACAGUCUUCAUACCAAGUGUCAAUAUAUAAAUUUGUAUUGGGUGCAGGUUACAAUUUUGAAGCCAUAUGAGUUUAUAUAUAUAUAUUUUUUUUUUUCAUUUAAAACCCAGUAAUGGUGUAAAAAAAGACCAGUAGAUUUUCAAUGGGAAAUGUAUUUAGCAAGCUGGUUCUUGCUUAUGUAUAGUGAUAAACUUUGUAGCUGUCUCUUUAACCAAGAAUUUGUAUAAACACAGAACUCUAACAUGUGAGUUUUUAAGAAUUAUUUACUACUUUGAGUUGUAAUUAGAACAAUGCAAAUCUAUCUUACAAAAUUUUGUAAAUAUUUUUGAUUUUCUCAUAAAAUGUAAAUUUUACACAAAAGUUGUACCAUUAAUAAACAUGUAAUAUAUAAUUUA